AUGGGCUCUGUCACAGAGUUCCCCCUGGGGCCUCACCUGCGGUAUCCCAUAACAAUCACCAGGCUGAUAUACAAGCCUGGUGAUGAGGUCAAGAAGGGCUCCAAUGCCAUGGAAUUCUCGUACAAGUACAAGAUGGAGUUUGGCGACCAGAUCACCGGCGACAUCCGCCACGAGGAGCAGACCGGCUUUGCCUCGUGGCCCUGCCCUACCAAUGGAACCCUCAAGUCCUGGGACAUCAAGGUUGGCGAGGUCAUCGCUCGCAGCCGCCCCUGCGUGCGCAUCGAGGAGACCUGCAUACACGAUAACCAGUACGGUGGUAUGUGUCUGAUCUGCGGCAAGAGCACCGACGACAUCGACUUCUACACCACCCAGCUCGACACCGCCCGCGCCCCCGUCCAGAUGAUCCACGACAACGUCAAGCUGACCGUCAGCCUGGACCGCGCCGCCGAGACCGAGCUGCUGCAGCAGAAGCGUCUGCUCGAACACCGCAAGCUGAGCCUCGUCGUCGACCUGGACCAGACCAUCAUCCACGCCUGCAUAGACCCCACCGUCGGCGAGUGGCAGAACGACCCCACGAACCCGAACCAUGAGGCCGUCAAGGACGUCCAAAGCUUCCAGCUCAACGACGACGGCCCCCGCGGCAUGGCCAGCGGCUGCUCUUACUAUAUCAAGAUGCGCCCCAAUCUGCGACAGUUCCUCACCAACAUCGCCAGGCUCUACGAGCUGCACGUCUACACAAUGGGCACAAGGGCAUACGCCAUGAACAUCGCCAGGAUCGUGGACCCAGACAAGAAGCUCUUUGGCGACCGCAUCAUCAGCCGCGACGAGAACGGCAACAUGACCGCCAAGAGCCUGCAGCGCCUCUUCCCUGUCUCGACCAACAUGGUCGUCGUCAUUGAUGACCGUGCCGACGUCUGGCCCAACAACAGGCGGAACCUGAUCAAGGUCGUGCCCUACGACUUCUUCAAGGGCACCGGCGACAUCAACUCCAGCUUCCUGCCAAAGAGGCCGGACCUUACCCCAGCCCCAGACGCCGUCCAGGAGACGCCGCCGCCGCCGAACGGUGACGCAAAGCCGGAGGUCGAGGGAGACGCAGCAGCGAAGCCCGCCGCCGCAGCCGCCGUCCCCUCCACCGUGGGUCCGACUCCGGCUGGCGUGAGCGGUGCUGAUGAUGUUGCACUACUGAAAGCCCAGAGCGAACAGGAGCGGGCCUUGGAGAAGCAGCUGACGGACAGGCCAUUGCUGCACAUGCAGGAGAAGCUCGACAAGGACGACGAGGAAGCCGAGAAGGCCAGCGCGGAGAACGAGAGCCCCAACAGCGGCCAUAUCACCCCGCCGCACCAGCGACAUCACGUACUCCUCGACGAUGACGCCGAGCUCAUCUACCUAGAACGACACCUCACGAACCUACACGAGAAAUACUACGAGGCCUACGAAAGCCGCGAGAACAGCCGCUCGAUACCCGAUGUGGGCAGCCUGCUGGACGAGCUGAAACACGAGGUCCUGCGCGGCACGCGCAUUGUGCUGAGCGGCAUCGUGCCCAACAACGUGGACAAGUGGAACCACGAGAUAGCGCUGCAAGUGAAGAGCUUUGGCGCGAUAUUGGAAGACCGGAUACAUCCUGGAAUCACACACCUGGUGGUCAGCCUGCUCCGGCCUCGGACGGCCAAGGUGCGCGAGGCGGUCAGGAUACCGACCAUCAAGAUCGUCAAUCAGAACUGGCUACAAGACUCGAUCAGCCAGUGGGAGGAGCUGGACGAGACACCAUAUCUGUUGGACCUGCACCCUGCUGACCGGGGAGGCUUGGCGCCCCUCGUGCUGCCUGGGAAGGGCGAGGGUGGCACGAGCCCCGAGGCGAUCAACACUGCCAUCCAGAACGGGGGUGCCGACCAAGAGGAGCUCGACAGCGCCGACGAGGAGGACGAGCUGGACCCGCGCAGCCCCAUUGACGAGCUCAAGACGUUUGAUUUCAAUGAGGCCGACGAGGAACUUGCCGCCUUCAUGGAGGAGGACGACGGCGAUGACGACGAUGACGAUGACGGGAAGUCGGAGGAGGGAGGCCGGCAGUCGGAUUCCGACCUUGACGACAACAACAGCACGACCUCGGACAGUGCGAGUGAGACAGGGUCGAAAGCCAGCGGAGCCAGGGGCGAGACGGUCAACGGCACAUCACCCGGUUCCAAGCGGAAACAUGGCGACAGCGAUACGGAGGGCGAGAGGGAUUUCGAGGGCGGCAGCGGCUCUGCGCUGUCGAAAAAACUGAAGGUAUCGCGGUCACAAGGGGGCAGCAAGCUGCGGUCGGCAUAUCAGCCCGAGUCCGAGCCGCAAGCAAGCCCAAGCGAAGGAGCGGGUACGAACGGCGGUAGCCGCGGGCCCGAGGGGGACGAGGAGGAGGAGGAGGAGGAGGAGGAGGUGGACCUCCUGGAGACGGAGGGGGCCGGCAACGAGGACAUGGACGAGAUCGACGAGGAGGAGCUGAUGGCAGAGCUGGACAGGGAAGAGCAGGAGCUUAUCGCAGAGAAGGGCUAG